AUGAGUGACCCAACACUGCAAGGCCGCAAGGUCUUCAAGGUCUUCAACCAGGACUUCGUUGUCGACGAGCGAUACACCGUCACGAAAGAGCUGGGCCAGGGUGCUUACGGUAUUGUCUGCGCCGCAACAAACAACCAGACUGGCGAGGGCGUUGCGAUCAAGAAGAUCACCAAUGUCUUCAGCAAGAAGAUUCUCGCCAAGCGCGCAUUGAGAGAGAUCAAGCUGUUGCAGCACUUUCGUGGCCACAGGAACAUCACAUGUCUCUACGAUAUGGAUAUCCCACGGCCGGAGAGCUUCAACGAGACGUAUUUGUACGAAGAGCUCAUGGAGUGCGAUCUUGCUGCCAUCAUACGAUCUGGCCAACCACUGACCGAUGCCCACUUCCAAUCAUUCAUCUACCAGAUCCUUUGCGGUCUCAAGUACAUUCACAGUGCGAGCGUGUUGCAUCGUGACUUGAAGCCAGGCAAUUUGCUCGUCAAUGCUGAUUGCGAGCUCAAGAUUGCCGACUUUGGUCUUGCAAGAGGAUUCAGUGCCGAUCCCGAGGAAAAUGCUGGCUAUAUGACCGAAUAUGUUGCCACGAGAUGGUACCGAGCACCAGAGAUUAUGCUCAGCUUCCAGAGCUACACAAAAGCCAUCGAUGUAUGGUCCGUUGGCUGCAUCUUGGCCGAAUUGCUAGGAAGCAAGCCUUUCUUCAAGGGCCGCGACUAUGUCGAUCAGCUCAACCAAAUUCUGCACUACCUUGGAACACCAUCCGAGUCAACACUCUCUCGCAUUGGGUCGCCACGUGCUCAGGAGUACGUUCGAAAUCUGCCAUACAUGUCCAAGAUUCCAUUCCAGCAGCUGUUCCCACGCGCAAACCCAGAUGCGCUAGACCUACUUGACCGCAUGCUUGCUUUCGACCCUAGCCAGCGCAUUGGUGUCGAGGAAGCGCUCGAGCACCGCUACCUCUCAAUCUGGCACGACGCAUCCGACGAACCAAACUGCCCGACACCGUUCGACUUUACCUUCGAGGUCGUCGAUGAAGUCCCCGAGAUGCGACAGAUGAUUCUCCAAGAGGUGCGAUCAUUCCGACAGGCUGUCCGCGCGCCUCAGCAGCAGCAGUACUCGCAACAGCAACAACAGCCACAAGUGCCGAUCCCAGAGGGCUACGAUCCCCGCGCCUACGAAGACCCACGGCCGCAAGAGAUGUUUCAGGGUCACGGUCAGGACCUUGAGAAUGAACUGCAGAACGGAAUAGACGCCCAUAUGCGCCGCUAA